CAGACCAGGAGCAGGGACUGGCAGAGAUUGUGGAUGAGGGAGAGAUGUUUGUUUCUCCGUUUCUCAUCUCUUCCUCCCAAGGGGUCUGAUUAGAAGCAGCGGUCACAGGUGGAGAAGUUUCUCUAGGGAACACAAACAGACCAGGAGAGGGGAAGAGCUGUGGUCAGCUGGGCCCUGAACACAGAACGUGACUGUGUUCAAAGGCAGGCUGAGCAUUGUAGAUCAGGCCUGAGAAAAUAAUCUGUUUUCAAUCUCACCAGGUGCUCGAUUCCUGUCCACUGUGAUCACCCGACUCUGCACAGGGCUGGCCCAGUGAUUGUGGGAGGGUCAGUCAGAGGUUUAUUAGAUAAACUUUACUGAUGUAUUUUCCCUGCAUGUAUCUUUGUCUUUAUCCUCCUGUGAUGGGCUGUGCAUAGCCCACGCUAGGCAAGAAAGAGUUAACCCAACGCUAUGGAUGGUGGAAGUCGCGCCCCUCAGACCAUGCUGGGUAUGUACCAAGUGGUGCCUCAGUAUAAAAGGGAGCAGCCCAGCUCAUUCGAGGCUGACCCCCGAGGAGGGAGGACAUGGUGGCGGAGGAUCCUGCCCAGGAGUGGACUCGGAAGCCUAGGGAGCGACCCUCACUGAAGAUCUUGGAGACCCCAAUGACGUACAGACCCCGGCUUCAGGGCACACGAGGGGGCCAUGGCUGCAGAGAACCCUGUGGAAAGUCUCCAGGAGGAAGCGACAUGUCCCGUCUGUCUGGAGUAUUUCACAGAACCUGUCACUCUGGAGUGUGGGCACAAUUUCUGCCGAGCCUGCAUCAGCCAGUGCUGGGAGGGAUCAGAUACAGCCGCCUCCUGCCCUCAGUGCAGAGAAACUGUGCAACAGAGAAACCUCAGGCCCAACAGGCAGCUGGCAAAUGUUGUAGAAAUCACCAAACGGCUGAGUUCACAGGCAGCAAAGGGGGCCGGAGGGGAAGGGGUGUGUGAAAGACACCAGGAGGCUCUGAAACUGUUCUGUGAAGAGGAUCAAACCCCCAUCUGUGUGGUGUGUGACAGAUCCUGGGCUCACCGCACUCACACGGUGGUUCCCAUAGAGGAAGCUGCCCAGGAGUACAAGGAAAAAAUCCAGGCCCAUUUGCAGACCCUGAGGGAAGAGAGAGAAAAGCUGCUGGGAUUUAAAGAGGCUGUAACGAAGAGAAGCCAGGAGCAUCUGAAACAGACAGAAACAAAGAGGCAGAAGAUUGUGUCUGAAUUUCAGCGACUGCGGCAGUUCCUGGAGGAACAAGAGCGACUCCUUCUGGCCCAGCUGGACAAGCUGGGUGAGGAGAUUGUGAAGAUACAGAAUGAAAAUGUCAGUAAACUCUCUGAGCAGAUUUCCCAUCUCAGUGAGCGGAUCAGUGACAUGGAGAAGAAGUGUCAGAAGCCAGCAAGUGAAUUCCUGCAGGAUGUCAGAAGCAUCUUGAGCAGGUGUGAGAAGGGGACGUUCCAGCAGGCAGUGGAGAUUUCUCCUGAACUGGAAGUGAGACUCAGUGGUUUCUCCCAGAAGACUAUUGCUGUAAUGGAGACUCUGAGGAAUUUCAAAGACACUCUGCCGUCUGCACUGGAGACACCAAGAGGGGAACCCAUCGGAGCACACAGACAGGUGAACGUGACUCUGGAUCCAGACACGGCUCAUGCCAUCCUCAUCCUGUCUGAGGAUUGGAAAAGUGUGAGAUGGGCAGACACGCAGCAGCGACUGCAAGACAACCCUGAAAGAUUUGACUCUGAUCCCUGUGUGCUGGGCUGUGAGGGAUUCACCUCGGGGAGACAUUGCUGGGAGGUGGAGGUGGGGGAUGGGCUAUUCUGGGCAGUGGGGGUGGCCAGAGAGUCUGUGAGGAGGAAGGGAGAGAUGAACUGUAGCCCUAAGGGGGGGAUCUGGGCUGUGCGGCGGUGGUGGGGUCAGUUCCGGGCUCUCACCUCCCCUGUGACCCCCCUGCCCCUGAGCCGGGUCCCCAGCAGGAUCCGGGUUUGUCUGGACUGUGACCGGGGGCAGGUGACAUUUAUCGAUGCUGGUGACAGGGCCCCGAUCUUCACUUUCCCGCCAGCCACAUUCAAUAGGGAGAGAAUCCGACCCUGGCUACAGGUCUGGGGUCCAGACACCCGGCUCAGACUGUGUCCCUGAGCUGGGGUGGGUGGGAAAGAUAGUACUGUAAACCCUGAGAUCAGCCUGUCUGCUCUCAGACAGCGCAGUCUCUGUGACCCUGGAGAUUGCUUUGGGUCUCAGCCUUUGCACUGUCAAUCCAUA